CCGGCCGCUAGAGGCCGCUGCGGGCCGCGCGAGCGGGGGAAGCGGUUCCGGGGCGCCCCGGCGGCUCUGUUCGCGGCCGGUGCCCACGUGCGGCGGCGCUGCCGGAAUCAGCGAUCGGCGCGGGAUGGCGGCGCCCGGGAACCUGCCCAUGCUGCUGCUCCGCAGGAAGAUCGACAAGCGCAACCGCAAGCUGCGGCAGCGCAACCUGGCGCUACAGAGGGCCGGGCCGCCAGUGGAGACAAGAUCUGUGGAUACCUCCGAGAAAGCUACGAACAAUGUCAUUUCUGAAGAAUCAGUGAAGGAGCUUAAAGUGAAGAAUGUAAAGCAACCUCAACUAAUAGCUAACGGUGAAGUAGCUGAAGAAGCAAAAAAUUCUGAAUCAAAGAAGAAGAAAAAGAAGAAGAAAAGGCAAAUGACUAACACAGAAGAGGGUACAGAAACUAAAAAAGCAAAGACUGAAGAACAAGCAUCUGCAGACAUGGAGGAUGCAAAAGAUGGUAAGGAUCCUGAAGUGGAAGAAAAUAAUGAGGAUCCUGAAGAGAGAGAAGUAAUGGAUGAAGAUACCGAAGAGCCCAGUUUACCUCUUGGUGUAACAGGUGCUUUUGAAGACACCUCAUUUGCUUCACUGUCUGAUCUAGUCAGCGAGAACACGCUGAAAGGAAUAACUGAUAUGGGCUUUACACACAUGACAGAAAUUCAACAUAAAAGUAUUAAACCCCUUCUGGAAGGCAGAGAUAUUCUAGCAGCUGCAAAAACGGGCAGUGGCAAAACUCUUGCAUUCCUCAUUCCUGCCAUAGAGCUCAUCUACAAGUUAAGAUUCAUGCCUAGGAAUGGAACGGGUGUUCUGAUUCUUUCACCUACUCGAGAGCUUGCCAUGCAGACUUAUGGAGUUCUGAAAGAACUGAUGACUCAUCAUGUUCACACUUAUGGCCUGAUAAUGGGAGGCAGUAACCGAUCAGCUGAGGCACAGAAACUUGCAAAAGGGAUCAACAUUAUAGUGGCAACACCAGGUAGACUUCUGGAUCACAUGCAGAACACCCCUGGGUUUAUGUUCAAGAACCUGCAGUGUCUGGUAAUCGAUGAAGCCGAUCGCAUCCUGGAGGUUGGGUUUGAGGAAGAAAUGAAACAGAUCAUAAAACUUCUGCCAAAGCGCAGACAGACCAUGCUUUUUUCUGCUACACAAACCCGAAAGGUUGACGACCUGGCUAAGAUAUCUCUGAAAAAGGAGCCACUGUAUGUUGGGGUUGAUGAUAACAAAGAAACAGCAACAGUAGAUGGUCUUGAACAGGGAUAUGUAGUGUGUCCAUCCGAAAAAAGGUUCCUUCUGCUCUUCACAUUCCUCAAGAAAAAUCGGAAGAAAAAGGUGAUGGUGUUUUUCUCGUCAUGUAUGUCUGUGAAAUACCACUAUGAAUUACUCAACUAUAUCGACUUGCCAGUCAUGGCCAUUCAUGGCAAGCAGAAACAAACUAAACGGACCACCACAUUUUUCCAGUUCUGUAAUGCAGAUUCUGGAAUACUGUUGUGCACUGAUGUAGCUGCCAGAGGACUGGAUAUUCCUGAAGUUGAUUGGAUUGUCCAGUAUGACCCUCCAGAUGACCCAAAGGAAUACAUUCAUCGUGUUGGUAGAACUGCCAGAGGUAUAAAUGGCAGAGGACAUGCUCUACUCAUUUUACGACCAGAAGAAUUGGGUUUCCUUCGUUACCUAAAGCAAGCCAGGGUACCAUUAAGUGAAUUUGAAUUUUCCUGGUCCAAAAUUUCAGACAUCCAGUCUCAGCUUGAAAAAUUGAUUGAGAAGAACUAUUUCCUUCACAAGUCAGCCCAGGAAGCAUACAAAGCAUACAUUAGAGCUUAUGACUCCCAUUCUCUGAAACAGAUCUAUAACGUCAAUAACUUGGAUCUACCCAAAGUUUCCCUUUCGUUUGGUUUCAAAGUCCCUCCAUUUGUUGAUCUCAAUGUGAACAGCAGCCAAGGUAGAAGAUUGCAAAAAAGAGGCGGAGGUGGAGGAUUUGGUUACCAGAAAUCCAAGAAUGUCCACAAAUCCAAAAUUUUCAAACACAUUAACAAGAAAAAGUCAGACAGCCGGCAGUUUUCUCGUUGAAGCUGGCCAUUGAAAUGGCUUUUGUCAUUAAAAUAGACUCUCUGUGAAAAUAAUCUUACAGAUAUUUCCUUUGCAAAUUGCUCAGGUUUAAGCUAUGCUCUGUCUAAAUUUUUAAAAUUUUACAUUUGGUUUCUGGGUAUAUCUUAUAACUCAUUUCAAAAGCAUUUAAGUAAGGAAAAACAGACUGAGAAAACUAAGUGAUUUUGGAAACUUUAGUCACAAAGGAGAGGAUAGCUGGAUGUAACCUUUUUUACUAUAAAUAAGUUAAACACAUUGUUCCUGAAAAUAGAACACAUUUUUCAGUGUUUUUUUCUGUAAGAUAUUCUCCCUUUCUUCCUCACUUCACCCUCUAAGCACCCAUCAAAAAAAGCAAUUCUGAAUACAGUAUGGUUGUGCAUAGCAAGAGUCCUUCAGAGUAUUCAGAAAUUAAAGGGGAUGGCAGGUCACUGAGACUAUUUUACGGCACAAAAUAAAUGAUCCUUGUUUACUUGGGUUACUGGACUUCUUUAUAAAGCUACAAAACUCAUUGCUUUUUCUAGUAGUUAAGAUGAAGAAUAUGAAAUGACAAACAGAUUUCUAUGAGCAUAAUGUGUUUUUAAACCAUCAAGGAAAACACUUUGGUCUGUGUAUCAAAGAGUACAAAGGCAAGACUAGAAAAGCAAACUUAAUAGUAUAUAUUAUGUGACAUUCUUGAAUUGCGUUUUGAUAUGAUGUUAAUAUGCUAAUUUAUAUUCCAGAGGAGCAAUCUGCUUGCUUCAGCAUCUUCUCUCAAAUUUAGAUUUAAAUUUAACCAUCUCUCAUUUCUAAAAUAUAUUCUGUUAAAACAAGAAUAUGCAAAUAAAAAAUGAUACACCUUUA